AUGAAGAUUUUAAGCUUUAUUUAUCUUUUCAUUUUUUCGUCUAUUUGCUAUAUAUCUGAAGGAUCAGAUAAUACUGCCUACUCUUUUGAGGUAAUAGAUAGGUCCAACUGGAUGAAUAUCGCAAAAAGAAUUUUUGAGAGUACAAGCGCACAAAGCUUCACAGUAUUACCAUAUAAUUUUAUAAAUGAUCCAAAUAAGAGUAAUAAGGACAAUAACUCUAUGUUAUUAAUUAGAAAAAGAUUAAAAAAUUCUUCAGGCUCAAGCACAAAUAUAGAUUAUAAUAUUCCAUCUAAAUUUGUUCCAUCAACUGAACAUAAGCCAUCAGACAAUAAUACUCCAUCUAAAUUUGUUCCAUCAACUGAACAUAAGCCAUCAGGCAAUAAUACUCCAUCUAAAUUUGUUCCAUCAACUGAACAUAAGCCAUCAGGCAAUAAUACUCCAUCUAAGUUUGUUCCAUCAACUGAACAUAAGCCAUCAGACAACAAUACUCCAUCUAAAUUUAUUCCAUCAACUGAUUACAGGCCAUCAGGUAAUAAUAAUCCACCCAGAUUUAUUCCAUCAACUGAAUACAGGCCAUCAGAAAAUAAUUACCCACCUAGAUUUAUUCCAUCAACUGAAUACAGGCCAUCAGGAAAUAAUAAUCCAUCCAGGUUUAUUCCAUCAACUGAAUACAGGCCAUCAGGAAAUAAUAAUAUAUCCAGACUUAUUCCAUCAACUGAAUAUAGGCCAUCUAGAUUUAUUCAAUCAUCAAAUUUUAAUCCUUCAACUAGUGAUAAAUAUCCCACUUUAAAGCAGUUCACGGGUUGUAAUAAUUUAUCUUCAAAUCCUAGUUCAAAUUGUUAUUUUCCACACGCAGUCAAUUCUCCAUGUUGUAAUAGAUAUACAAAAGAAGAAAGUAAUACUAAUCCAAACAAACACACAAGUAAUAUUCCCAGACAUAACCAGAAUCCAUCUACUUCCCAAGAACAACAUAAUAUUCCUUCUAUCCCCAAUAGUAACUACCCACAUCCAAAUAGUCACGAUCAACAACAUAUUCCUAAGUUAAAAUUAAACGAAAAAACUAAUUUAGAGAAUAACAAUAUGCAUCCAUCAACAAAUAGCAAUGAUAAUAAAGAAGGAAAUCAUGAAAAAUGGAAUACAAACGUUUCUAAGGAAUACUUACCAACUAACCUUCCCGAUAUGUUUUUGGAUGAUUCUCAUGUGAAAGUUGAUGAUAAUGAAAGCGAAGAACCAUGUAAUAUUGCAAUAAUGUUAGGAAAUAUUAUACAUAAAGCAAAUGAGCAAAUAAUAAAAUUACAAAUGAAUGCAGGUCAGGUAUUGUGUAUAGAUUUAGAAUCUAUUUCUGGUAACGGAUAUAUAUGGGCAUUGUUAGGUGUUCAUAAAGAAUUACCCAAGGUUACUCCUGAAACAUUUCCCACAAAAAGAGUUACAGAAUCAUACUACUCCAGUGACAUUUCAGUCACCCAUCCAGAAGUAUAUGAACCAAAAAUAGAGAAUAAGGAUACAAAAAUACCUCAUAUAAGUUUUCAAGAUGAAAUUUCUUUUAAUAAUCAAUAUGAUAAAACAAAUGCAAACGCAGAAUCAGAUGCAGAAGAGGCAAAGAAUAUAAGAGAAGGUUUAAAAAAAUUUGUAGAAGUGAAGGAAGAAGAAAUUGCAGAAAAGCAUGCAGAAGAAAAGAUAGAAAGAAUUAUCGAAGGAACUAAUAAAAACAAUAGAGAAGCCAAUAGAGAAACUUCUCAACCUAUGAGAUAUAUAAAUAUAAGAGGAAAUACUAGAGUUAAUGAUAAUGAAGACAAUAAAUCAGAUGAAGAUAAGAAAGAUGAAGAUAAAAAAGAUGAAGAUAAAAAAGAUGAAGAUAAAAAAGAUGAAGAUAAAAAAGAUGAAGAUAAAAAAGAUGAUAAAGAUAAUAAAGAUAAAAAAGAUAUAGAUGACAAAAAUAAAGAUGAUGAUAAAAAAGACAAAGAUGAAAAGAAAGAUAAAGAUAAUAAAGACGAUAAAGUAAAACCAUAUACUGGAGAAAGAGACAUGGUGGGAUAUGGUACUAUUUUAAAAAGUAAAAUAAAACCACAUAAAGCAGGAGAAUUUUUCGUUGUUUAUGCUUAUUAUAGGCCAUUUGAACCCGCUGUAGAAACAAAUGUAAGAAUUGUUCAUUUAAUAGUAUCUUAA